GUGAAACCGUGAGCGUCCUUAGAAAUGUACACAGGUGGAGGUGGAGAAUCGUGUGCGGUUUUUAACUGCACUAAUAACAGAAAGAAACUGUAUUUAUGGAAGCAGUCUAUAUGCCAAGAACAUGGUGAUAUUCCUCACAAAGAUUGCCCCUGCGUCGUGCCAUACAGCCUGCACACGCUGCCGAAAAUAGAAGAAGAGAAACUGAAAUGGCAGCGGGCAUUACAUCGACACGAUUUGCCAAAGAAUGUGUUGGUGUGUUCAACGCAUUUUAUUGACGGGCGACCAACAGCACGAAACCCAACGCCCAGUCUGAAUUUAGGUUAUAAAGCUCCCGUCAAAGUUGGCCGUCGACUUCUGAAGAGAAAGUUUGUUGCACAGAAAUUAGAGAUGGUGGGAACAGAUGAGAGUGAACAUGAAAAGCAACAAAAGGUGGUUGUUGCUGCAGAUGAUGUUGAAACUCUCAACAUUAUUCAAACUGAACCAACGAUGACAUCUUUUUCAACGCAGACGAGCAUAACAGAAAGCAGAUCUGCAGGCACACAGUGGAUAGAUCCCACACUACAUGAGCAUGAAUAUGCUAGGCCGUGCAUUUCAGGAGCCAGGGAUACAGGAACACAGACGAGACCCAGUGAGACCGAGGACAAAGGAGUAAACUGUAGCACUCUGCAUAUACGCCUUACCACUGCUGACAUAUCAUCUGACUCCUUAGCUUUGUUAUACACAGGACUGCCUUUAAACACUUUCAGAACAUUUGUGAGUGUAAUGCAAAAUAUGGACGACCCAUUGAAGUUUACCAUGCCCGUUUCAGAACAAGUUUUGUUGGUGCUAAUGAAAUUAAGGCUUAAUCUACUGUUUGCAGAUCUUGCCAAUAGAUUUGGAAUAUCCGAGUCUUAUGCGUGCACCAUUUUCAAUCAAAGACUCUCUUUUAUGGCUUCAAAACUGAAAAACUUAAUUGUUUGGCUUCCACGUGAAACAAUUAGAGCCACCAUGCCAAAAUCUUUUCGUGAGAACUAUCCAAAAACCACAGUCAUAAUUGAUUGCGCUGAAACUUUCAUCCAACGAGCAAAAAACUUGAAGACAAGAGGAGAAACAUACAGCCACUACAAGUCCAACAACACAGGAAAGUAUUUGGUUGGUAUUGCACCACAUGGACAGAUUAUGUUUAUAUCUAAAGGCUUUGGAGGAAGAUCUAGUGAUAAAGCAAUUGUGGAAGAGUCUGGCAUUUUAAAUUACCUUCUUCCUGGGGAUGAAAUUAUGGCGGAUCGAGGUUUUACCAUUGAUGACUUACUCUUUCCCUUGAAAGUGAAACUUAAUAUUCCAGCUUUUACGAAAGGUAAAGACCAACUUUCAGAAGAGGAUGUAACAGAGACAAGACGAAUUGCCACUGUACGGAUUCAUGUGGAACGGGCUAUUAGACGUUUAAAAGUGUUCCGCAUACUUAGUCAGGUAGUUCCUGUUACCUCUGUUAAGAAACUCAGUGACUACUUGAUUGUUUGUGCUGCAUUGGUUAAUCUGAGAUCUGACCUUAUCAAAGAUAAAGAUGAUAACUGAUGGUUAUGCUAAAAUUUUAAACUCUAGUCAGCUUCACUAAUGUUAAUGAUGCAUGCAUUAACAUAUUGUAAUAUGAUAUUAUGUAAUAAUUCCAAUGUUAUAAGUUAAAACUGUUUUGAUUGGACAAAAAUAAAGCUGAACGAUAGUUUACACAUCAAUAAAUCCGAAAACGCGAUGUAUUCAUACACGCCUGAAAACAAAUAACAUAGUGCGGGGCAACUAUUCAAUUUUUUUCAAUUGUUACUAAAGUGAAUGUCAGAAUUGGAAUUAUAAGAAUCAAACAUUCUUUUAAAAGAAUUUAUGGAUGUGUAAACUCCGGACAUUUACUCACAAAUUUAAAUAAAAGUGCUUCGCACUUUUAUUCAGUUUGUGAGUAAAAUGUCCGGAGUUUACACAUCGAUAAAUUCUUCAAAAAGAAUGUUUAAUCCUAUACAAGUUCAUAAUGUUUUAUUUUUUCACAGCCUUGAAAUCUCUUAAAUGCCAUUGUAUUUUGGACAUAUAUUUUAUUAAUCUUUGUAAAUUACAACCAUAUUUGGAAAUUCAGUAUCAUUUAUAUGAUAUACUGUACAUUAUAUUAAUACUAGCUCUAAGUUUUUGGUGUAGAAUUUUGUUGUUGCAAAAUUGCAUAGGCUUUUAAUGAAGUAAAAUUACAUUAUUGUCUUCCCGAACAAAAAUUGAUUUCUAUAUAUAAUGCUUUAUAUUCAAUAGAACCAAAAUCCUUAUUUUGAUGAAAUCUUGAACUUAAUUUUGAUUUGAUCAAUGACUAUGGUUAAAGUUGCAUACAAAACUAUCAUAAUAGCACAUAUUUACAACAAAAUAAAACUUUCAGAUUGAGAGCUAUCAUAACUUUAAAGUGAAUGUCAUAUUUAUUAUCAAGAUAUUUGUGUAUGAUUAAAGUUAAUACUGUAAA